GUUUUGGAAGGAGUUAUGGGCCGGGCCGGUAGAAAACUACACGGAGAAAGCCGCCGCCGCCGCUCCUUCACCCGCGCCAGCGCUGCUGCUAAAACCUCCCGACUAAACCCUAGCAGCGGUUCCUCUCCAGUCUCCAGCAGUCCAGCUCGAUCGCGAUCGGAGGCCAGAAAUCCAUGGCCGCUCCCGCCGCCGCGCCGCUCGACGAGGGCAAGGCGAAGAAAGUCCUUCGCCAGGUCGAGUUCUACUUCAGCGACAGCAACCUCCCCCGCGAUAAGUUCCUGCGGGAGACGGUCGAGCAGAGCGAUGACGGAUUGGUGAGCUUGCCCUUGAUAUGCUCCUUCUCGCGGAUGAAGUCCCACCUGGGGCUGGACGCAGAUGUCAAGCCCGAGACUGUGCCGGAGGAGACCGUGCUUGCGGUUGCUGAGGUGCUCCGGCCUUCUCCUGCCCUCCGCGUAUCGGAGGAUGGAAAGAAGAUUGGUAGAGCUAGUGAACUCUUGAAGCCAGAUGAGAUCAUAGAACAAGUAGACUCUAGGACUAUUGCUGUAUCUCCGCUGCCUUGCAAUGUAAAGCAGGAAGACGUCCAAUCUUUUUUCACAAAUUAUGCAAAGGUAAACAGCGUGAGACUUCCACGCAAUAUUGCCAACAAAAAACACUUCUGUGGGACUGCUUUGGUUGAGUUUUCUGAAGAAGAGGAAGCAAAAAGAAUUAUGGAGACUGCUUUAGUAUUUGCAGGGGCAAAUCUGGAAAUAAGGCCAAAGAAGGAGUUUGAUGCUGAGCAAAAGUCCAAAAAAGAAGCAUAUGAAAAGACACACCUUAAAAAGGACAACCAGUAUGAAGGCUAUCAAAAAGGCCUAAUUGUGGCCUUCAAAUUGGAGAAGGCCACAGCUGAUACUGUAGUGCAGCAAGAUAACAUAGAUAAAGAGAAUGACUCUGCUACGAAAUUAGAUGUUUCCAGUUCCAUGGAAAAACCUUCAGGCCAGGGGCCAGAGGAGUCUAUCCUUGAGAGCGAUGUUAUUAAGCAAGGGAUGUCCUCAGAUGACAUGACCAAAGAGAAAGAUCUAAACACUGGGGAAGCUACAGAAUCUGAGAAGUGUAUUAGUGAUGUCCCCAUAGAAAGUGAUAAACAUGGUGAUAGUGAACCAUUGAGCAGGGAAGGCAAAAUCAUUUCUGGCAAUGUGAAUGUGAAGAACCAAAUAUCGAGGGAGGAUCUAAAAGAAGCAUUCAAAAAAUUUGGAGCUGUCCGGUAUGUGGACUUCAGCAUCGGAGAUAAUUCAGGAUACCUUCGCUUUGAAGAUUCUAAGGCAGCUGAAAAAGCCCGCAUGUCUGCAGUACUUGCUGAUGGUGGCUUGAUAAUUAAGGACCACAUUGUUACUUUGGAGCCUGUGACUGGUGAAGCUGAGAAGGAUUAUUGGGACACAAUCCGCAGUAUUCAAGGAAAGUACAAGGAUAGUAGAAGCUACAAGGGAAGGGCUUCAAAUAACCAGAGAGGAGGAAAGCGUUUCAACGCGAAGCGAGAUAGAAACCCAGACUCGGAGAAGAAUUCUAACAAGGCUCGGAAGGUUGAAGCUAUCGCAUGAGGUUAAUUUAGGUACCUUAGCUCGACUAAAGAAGUAACAUGUUAUGCCAGCAUGAUCGACUUCAGUACUCUCCAAGUUUCUAGAAUCGACUUGUUUUUUAGCUAUCGUUUUCAUUUUGGUCGUUUUGCCACCUUAUUCGAUGUUCGUCCCUUAGCUAUAAUCCUUUUGUAAUGGCUUUACUGUGAUGCGAGGGCUCACCCGAUGGCGUGUAAUUUGAGCACACCAAGCUUAGGCUUCCCUUGCGAAAGGGUGGAAGCCUUUCUAUUCUUUCACUAGCAAAUAUGCAGUUAGGGCUUAUUCGGUUAUUUCCAUUUCUAACAUAGCCUAAAGCUUAAGGGCCGUUUGGAUCCCUUGCGGCUGCUUGCUUUAGGAGGAUGGGCAAGAAAUUGUGUUUGGUUUGUU